AUGGGCUCGUCCGGGGCCGGUGUGGCGUUCCAGCUGAUCCGGCAUGCAUCGAUACAUCAGCCCGACCAGUGCUCCAUCAAACAUGCCGAUUCAUUUGGUGAGUUUUGCGGGUUUUUGGGUCGUAAUUCUAGCAGAGAAGAUGCUCAAUGUGCGAUGCUUCGAUUUUUGUAAAAAUUGGGUCAGAUUUAGAGUGCAUCAUCUCAUGAUAUAUUUGAGAUUUUCCGCUCGCGAUUUACAAAAAUAACCACGAUUUUUUGGCCUAAAGUUUGGCGAAAAUUUGACAUUUCUUUUGCAAGCUUUACCACGAAAAUCUAUAGUCGGAUUUCCACGGGAAUGAGCAAAGUUUCUACCAAAAAAUAUCUUUUUCCAAGCAAGAUUGGCAGAGAUAUUGCCUAAAUACGGUCUUUCCUCUGAUGGGUCUCCGCAAAUAGUGCACUCUCUCUCUUAUCGGAAAAUGAUGAAGAUCUUGGGUCCUCCGGAAAGCACGAGCUAAAAUGUGCAGUAAACAAUAGUUGACCUAGAAAAAAGAUGUUUUUCGGUUGGCCUUAGAACUAAAACUUUUAGCCCGUUUAGGGAACAGCUAUGCUCACAGCAAUGGUAAUUGCUGAAAAGCAAUUCAUCAGUCAGGUUGGGGCUUAUUGCAAGGUUAAAGAAAUAGAAAAUUCCAGCACCAAAGCUGGAGUUUUCAACGAUAUCUUAUUGUUAAAAAACCGUAAUCUUAACUUAUCUCUAAAAGUUUUUCAUUCACUUUACCUAAUCUGCUUUGAGAUUUCCCAACUUUAAAUGAUAUUUCAACUUUUUUAGCGGCGAUUUUGAAUUUACCAAAGGCCUUCCCAGAGAUAAAAUGACCGCUUUGAUGUUUUUAUGGCCUCAUUUCGGCACCCCAAUUUGCCAGGAAUUAAGGAAUUGUAAUCCCUCAUUGCGAAAAUAAGGAAAUAAAAAUUGAAAAAGUGCGCUUUUUGAGACGUACGGUAUUGCUUUUGGAGAAAGUUUUAAAGCGGAUUUUGACGGAUUUUUUGGUAGAGAAAAAACCUCAGAUUUAGCUGAUGUAUAAGACGGGAAUUUUUUAUGGUAAAAUUUGCAAAAAAAUGUCACAACUUUCGGACUAAUUCUAAUAUCUCCAUCGCUUGUAGAAUGCGCGGGCUGGCGACUAUAUACCAUAAUAAAUUUUCAUCUAGUCUGCGCCAAGUUUCAUUAAAAUUUGAACGCCACAGCUCACAAAUUUCUUAGCUUGGCUGAUAUUUGGUCCCCUCUUGACAUACCUUUCCCUCUUUCUCACCUAGCCCAAUCCCAAAAUCAACAUUUUUCCCGCUCUUCAAUUGAGUUUACAGCCGUACCCACCGCACAUCCUUUUCAUCCCGAAAUCCCGCCAAAAUCUCCUCUCCCCCACCCCGAUAUUAUCCCUCAGGCCAAGCUCAUUAACCGUGAACAUCAAAUCAAAAAAAAAUUUUUUUGGGUGAAAAAGAGAGAACUUUUUUUCUUCGGGGCCGGAUAUAGCGAAAGAGGUUUGAGAAAAUCGGAAAGGAUCGGCCGAAACAAUUGGUUUUUGUUUUGCUGACCGGCCGAAAGCGUCUAAUUAAACGGCCGCUAAUCGCUGCUACCCUUUGACCGGAGGUUAUUUACCGAUUGCUAAGAGCGGAUAUUGGGAUGCACAUUACUUUCUAACCUGGAAUUUUUGACUAUAACAUCCAACGCCGCCGGUAUUUUCGUUUGGAUUUAGACAUCUUAUUCUAAAACUAUUAUUUUUGGAAAACGUUGCAACGUACUAUUUAGCAACCAGCUAUCAUUUUGAAACUUAUUCCACUGGCAGUUCAGCGAAUUCCCCACAAUAUUGAACACUAUUUUCUAAAUCUCUACUGCCUUAUCGCUCCCUAAAUUCGAUUACACUUUCCUCCAGCUCCAUGGGAAAGAUCUCAAAAUAUUGUUAGCAACUCGCAUUGUAACCCGAUUGCUCGUCGUCAUCGAGUGCAAGGAUGGGUUCGACGGGCGCUUACAACACUCUACGGCGGCUCACAUCCCCGUCCUUGCAAUUCCGCUUUCAAAGUGUAAUUCCGCCGGUGCCGCCGCCACCGCCGAAUCGCGAUUCCUCCGAGUCCAGGCCGUCCUCCAUUUAUUCCGGAUUCGGUAGGAUUGCUGUAGAUCUCAGAGGGUUACUGUAAACUUUUUUGGGUGACGAUAGAGGUUUUAGCAAAGGCGCUGCGACUUUUCGGGUCUGCGACAGUUCGGUCAAUGGUAUUCUGGAUCGCGUCGGUUCGUCGUUGUAUGGGGGAAGCUUGUGGAAGGCUUAGUUAAUUGAAAUAAUAGGGUUGAUCAGGUAUUAGUAUAGCUUAUCAGCUAUUUUGGGGUAUUUUAAAUGCAUUCACAUCAAUAAUAUCUAGAUAAAGUUACAGACUUUAGCUUUUUUGCCGCAAAUUUUAGUCUUUUACAUUUUGAUAACGCAGGGUAAAGAAGAAAACUAACGAUAGUAAUAGCUAAUUAUUAUAUCGCUUAUUAAACUAACGUUAGUAAUAUCUAAAAUUAGAAAAAACGGACAUAUCGCAAGUCUCCGCCGGGCCAUCACCGAGCGUCCGCCGACAAUCCAACGGCUUUUCCAGGCCUCGCAGGCACCUCCUACCAAUUUUUUUAAACUAUCCACCUGUCCUACCCCUCGUACCGAUCGGUUUUGUGUUGACCCGAACUGUCGUCGACGCGAAAAGUUUACAGCCUUGAAGACGGAAUGUCACAGAAAUUUUUGUUCUCCCUCGCCUUGAAGGAGAAAAUUUUAACUGUUGACGAAAUAUUUUACAAUUUAUUUGGUUAUUUGAGCUGUAGUGCAAGUCUGUCGGGAAAAUAAUGAGAACAAUAUCGUUGCGCCGAUCGGAAGUGAAAAACAAUUUGAUUUUGCCGCGACACAAUUCAUUUUCUCUGCGGCGAUGCAAUUUUUGAUGCGACCGAGUGCUCACUAUUUUCCCGACAGACUGAUAUUGCUUUAAAAUUCCUUUUUAUCAGUCUGUCGGAAAAAUAACGGCGGAUCGUCGCAUCAAAAUGUCUCGCCUCGCCGCUGUCGCGCACCAAAUCCCAAGUCGCGGCUUGCAGUCGCAAAGCGAUGAUGGGCGAUUCCGAGGCGCGACGAUCCGCCGUUUUUUUCCCGACAGACCGAUAUAAAGGGACAGCAAAAACGUGACAUUUUGUCUUCUUAUAAAACGCACGAUUCAAACGUAGCCGUUUUGCUCCUUUAAAGACAUUGCACUUUUAUUUGUUCGAUAUGUUUCUCGCCUCGUAUCCAAUUUUUGUUUUAAACAUUUUUUGAAACUUUUUCGCCAUUUGUCCCAAGGGCAUUGGGCCAUCUAAGUUGAACCCUCAAAAAUUACAAGAUUCUUUUGGAUAUUUUUCAGUGGGGUUUCAAAUGACAGCCGGGUCUUCUUUCUGACCAUUUCAAAAUAGCCCCCUUUCCGUAGCGGAAAAAUGGUCUAUUGUUUUCCCAAUCAAGUGAUGGAUGAGGAUCGAAAAAAAUGGGAUUAAAAUGGACAAAAACGAGAGUUUUAUAACUGACUUAGAGAGAGGAUGACUUAAAGUUGAACUAGGAUGAAAAAUUUGCAGAAAAACAAAAGUUUAAGGUCUUCGAAAAGACAGCCAUUCAAGAAGUAAUUUUCUGCAAAAAAACGGAAAAAUUACCGUGCUGUAAAUGAGGGUUGUAUUCUGUAUCAUGGGAACUAGACACGCUGGAGAGAAACAGACUUAACCAUGGAGUCUACCGUAUCCGGAGACCAUUUUUUGUAGCCUAGUCCGAGCCUCUAAAAUGACAUUUUUUGUAACCUAGACCAAGCCUCUAAAAUGACGGGGAAAUUUUGAAUAUUCAUGUUUUUUGUCAUCAAAUUCAGCUUUGCCAAAUUUCUCAAAAGUUUUAAAUAAAUUUCCAGCGAUUUUUUUCCGAAACUAAAAUAGCAAAUAUGCACUUUUUAAAAGGAUACCCCUUUUGCCACCCAAAAGUAAUCUUCAAUAAUUUUUGAUUUAUCUCCUGCGAUCCCAUCUAUCACACCCAAUAUCUUCAUGGCAUGUCAAACUCAGAAAAAAUACUAAUAUUCGCUUUAAAAACGAUUGAAAAAGUUUCUUUUUAUAGCCAAAAUUGAAGAAUUAGGGCUACUGGGUUUAGUGCAAUAUGACGUCAUCUUAGUAUAAACGUGUUUCAUGGUAUUUUCAGAAAACGUAAGUCGCGUCAAAUGGGAGGAAUUUCCGUUGCGUCGAGAUGUGGAGGAGGGCGAGAGCAACGACGGAACGUCCAGCGGGCCAACGUCGUUUGUCGCGAAGAUCGUCAAAGUAAGUCAUGCUUCCGAGACAUUGCUCAAAACGUAGCGCUUCAGUUGAGAUGAAACAAACUCAUAUUUAAAUUAAGCCUCAAUAAGAAAUAUAAUGGAUUUUUAGCGCGUGCUUUGCAGAAACAACAUUUUUUAAAUAGUUCAAAAAUUGAACCAAAUUCGACAAAGCGUUCACACGAAAAAAAUAAUUUUUCCCGUACGAAAUUGCCAAAGCUUUGGCCAAAAAACGUACUCUGACAUGCAAAAUUAUGAGAAGAUCUAGCUGAAGAACCUUGAGAUAUUUCCUGAUGACAUAAUUUACAAAUUUUCUCUGUUUAGGCCCUAAAAAUCCUCGCACCGCACGUUGGCCUGAACAUUUUACUCUUCACUUAUAUCGCCUUUGGCGCGGGAAUGUUCAUCUUCUUGGAGGCGGACAACGAACUGGAAAAGCGGAAGGAGAAAUUGACCGAAAUACUCGCCAUAUAUCAAAGCAUCAUCAACGAGUCCUACUCAAUGUGCGGUGGCCAUACCAAUAUAUCCAAUGUAAUUUUAUGUUUAAUAGACCUAUCUUCAGCCGAUCACUUUUACCGUCAUAUUUCAGGUAGAAAGGCGGCUACGGCCACUGUUGUCGGUGCUCUCACGCACUCACGAAUACGAUGACAAGUUCACAUGGGAGGAGCAGAUGUGGACGGACAAUGAGGACCGACUCUCGACGAAAUGGACCUUCGCCGCAGCCACAUUGUACGCGCUGACCGUCAUAACCUCCACCGGCUACGAUCAUUUGUCGCCGUUGACGGAUUUAGGUCGCAUCUUCACCGUCAUAUACGGGUUGUUGGGGAUCCCGCUGAUGUUCAUCACGGCCGCCGACAUAGGAAAAUUUCUGUCGGACCUGGUGAUAAGGUUCUACGCCAAAUGCUUGGCGGUUUACGAAUGGGUUGGCAAGGUGUGGGAGGCGAUGAGGAAUUAUAUUAUGGACGUGGAUGACGACUCCAUUGAUUCUAGGUAAGAGAAAAGAUGCGCGGAAAUCAAAAAAAUCUUCAAUUUCUUGGCAAUUGCCACACAGUGCCGGACCGGAUUCAGUGGCAAAAAACGUACCAUUUUGCAUCCGGGAAGCAUCAAAAAUGCGGCAAAAUGCUUCCCUCUUCAAGUGAAAAAACUUCGUUUUGAAGGCCCUUUCCCUCAAAAAAGAGCGGCGCGCUUUUGAAAUCGGAGUUUUUUCCCUUGGAGCAUUUUGCCACAUUUUUGAUACUUCCCGGAUGCAAAAUGGUACGUUUUUUCCCACUGGAUCAAGGCCCCCUGAAUGAAAUUUCAAAGCCCAUUGCACUGUGAAAAAAGCCGAAAAUUGUACAGUAAAAAUAGAGCUUUUGUUUUCUCACAGUGCUUGCCGCAACAACCGCUCCAGCGACUUUGCGAACAGACUAUAACGCAAAAAAUUUCAGGAAAUAUCACGAACGCCGAAAAAGGAAUCGAAACCCUGACGACGACGAUGACGACGAGGAGCGACUGCAACUCCCAAUUGUCAGUUAUUUCGCGCUGGUUGUCAGCUAUUGUUCGCUGGGCUCAUUGCUCUUCAACUGGUGGGAAAAGGGUCCAAUUUGGUGAGGAAUUUCAAAUAUUGUAAGCAAUUUGGAAAAAAUGUUUUCAGGUCUUUCAUUCACGGGCUAUUCUUCUCCUUCAAUACGAUAACGACCAUUUCCUUGGGUAAUAUUUGCGUCCGCAACAAGUUUUAUCUCGCCCUCACCGUGGUUUAUGUCAUCAUUGGGUUGGCGGUGGUGACGGCGAGUUUGGAUUUGUGCAGCAGCACGCUGAAGAGGACGUUCACGAAACUGCAUUACUUUGGUCGCAAGAUUCGAGGGGCCCGAAGAGGGUUCGCGAAUGUCAGCGACGACAUCAGAGAGGCCAUGAAGAUCAUGGCGGCGUUGAAAAAGACACGGUAGGGGCUUUCAGCAGCGAGUGGGGGAACGGUUCCAGUGAUCGAAAAAGGUGGACGAUGUGGUCAGGAUGAGUCUUCAUUUGAUAUCAAAAAAAUGAUAACAAAUCAAGGCUCAUCCUCACCACAUUGUCGCCCUUUUUGGUCACUGGGCUGGUACACACUGUAGCUUUUGACCUUUUUUUCAAUACCUGCAUAAAAAAGGCUUUACGAUCAAGUUACAUUUCAACUUUUCAGACCCAGCAAAGAGAGGAUAACCCUGGAAGAUCUAAAACGAUUUCUUGAAGUCCAAGAGCAUCUGCUCCGUCAGCCCUAUGUGCCGUACAACGUCCACAUCUUCAAAUGGAUCGAAGACGCGGUAAGUUUUUUGGGAAAACACUACAGUGGGGGACCUGAUCCAGUGGCAAAAAACGUACCGUUUUACAUCCGGGAAGUAUCAAAAAUGUGGCAAAAUGCUUCCCUCUCCAAGUGAAAAAACUCCGAUUUCAAAAGCGCGUCCGCUCUUUUUGUGAGGGCCCUUCAUAACGAAGUUUUUUCACUUGGAAAGGGAAGCAUUUUGCCACAUUUUUUAUGCUUCCCGGAUGCAAAAUGUUAUGUUUUUGCCACUCGAUCAGGUCCCACUGUACCUUCUCUCAACGGUGAAACAGGAAUGAAAGUUUCCAUGCAAAAAUCCGCAAAAAAACUCUUUUUGCCAACUUUCGGCCUAAAAAUGCCUGUAUUUUUCUUGCAUUUUCACUUUCUCAAUAUAAAUUUAUAUUCCCCAAACACCUUCAAAAUCACUUAUCCUUUUCAGUAUGCCCAAUAUCACUCGGACAGUGGGUCAAUGUCGUCCAAGUCUCUGCACAAAGCGUCCUCAUCCCGGUCCAACAACGACGCGUUCAUCCUGUUCUAG